AUGGAUGGAACUCUUAUCGGUAACAAGCAUAUUGUAGCUAUUUCAGUGAAUUGUAUCGAAGGUGGGCGUGAUUGUCAGUCAUCAAAAAAUUUAGUACCUGUUGGUCUAUUUGAGUUUCCAAAAGAGUCCUGUGAGUUAUACCGUAAAAUUCUCCCUAAACCUUUCCUCGAUAGUCUCAGUAGCGUUAAAUAUGUUCGCUUAAAAAAGAAAGAUAUACCCGUCAAACUAAAGCUUGGAGGAGAUUUUAUGAAUGCCGUUUAUGUGUUCGGUUUAGCGGGCGUUCAGUCAAACUUUCCCUGCAUAUUUUGUACUCAACAUAAAAGUAAAUUACAAGAACCUGAUACUACCUCUUACUUUGAUGUUCAGAAGGAAGCGCGCACGUUAGAAGAACAGAAAUUAUGCUUAAAGAAAAAAGAUAAAAACUGUAAAGGCUACAAAUGCGAACCAUUAUUUGGGGACUUGUUUGAGUUCAGUGACUAUAUAAUGGAUACUUUACAUAUGAAAUUGAGAGUAUAUGAUAUUUUUAUGACUGAUAUAUUGCAUUACGCAUCUCGACGAGAAAAGUACGGAAAAGAACAUGACCUUGAGAUGGAGAAAAAAAUUGAUAUUUUAAAUGAGCAUUCCAAAAGACUUAUCGGUAAGAGAGUUUUUUUCGCUUAUGACACUAAGGAGCAGAUAAUAAAACUCCAUGGAAGAUUUUCCGGCCAUUUACAAGAUUUGCUAUUUCAAAAUUUUCCUUACGAAAAACUUUUAGAUGGAAAUGCUAUUACUGAUGCCAAAAAGUUGGUUUAUAGUUUUCGAGAAAUACUUGAUCUGCUGAAAAUCGAUCCGUUGAAACGAAUAAAAACCCUUAAAGCAGCUUGUGUCGACUUUCUUCAAACGUUCAACGCUGCAUGCUUGCGGAAUAACGUCACACCUUAUCUUCAUAUAGUUGGCAAUCAUUUGUUUGAGUUCGAUGAGAGAGAGGAUCUAGGGGCCUUCAACAUGCAAGGAGUAGAGAAAGGGAAUGAUCUCCUGUCACGGUUGUAUUUUUCUUCAACAAACGUUGCUAAAAAACCUUUAUAUACUAUGAUGCAGAAGUUAUAUCGUAUGCUUGAGAUGGACUUAAGUCCUGAAGAGCGCGGCGAAAUGUUGAAGUUUAUGAAUACGCAAGUGUAUGAUAUCGAAGAUGACGAUUUUGUUUUAUUAGCGGAGGAGAAUGUACAAACUAAUGAUAAAUUACCUGUUGUAGAAAAUGAUUAUGAAGUUAUAACUUCCGGUAGUAACGAUUCUAGCUCGGAUGAUGAGGUGAUUGAAAAUGAAAGUGACGAGGAUGCAAUUUCUUCAUGGUUCAAUUUAAGCAAUAGAAAAGUUUUGACUGCAAACCGUUUUUCUUCUUUUAAGAAAAACAAAAAAUCAUAG